CAAAGGUAAUUAAAGAGGUGACGAAGGUCAAAUGAUCUUCAACACCAUUAUGUAAAUAAUAAUUUCGUGCACCAGAUCAAUUCUAAAUUUUGCAUAAAUACUGAAGCUCGAGCUAAGAAAGUUCGUAGUCAGUCAGCGAGCACCGCGUCGUUAACAUAGACAGUACGAUUAAUAUAGAUAUAAAGUAAGAAAGAAAGACAUAACAACUUAAGAAUAAAGAUGAGCAGCUCUAGAGUUUACGUUGGCGGUUUGCCGUAUGGAGUACGUGAAAAAGAUUUAGAACGCUUCUUCAAAGGUUUUGGCCGCACAAGAGAUAUUUUACUAAAGAACGGCUAUGGCUUUGUAGAGUUCGAGGAUUCACGUGAUGCUGACGAUGCCGUAUACGAGAUGAACGGCAAAGAAUUGAUGGGCCGCAGAGUAGCAGUGGAGCCUGCCAAAAGUACAGCACGUGACCGUAAUCGCGAUCGUGAUCGUUACGAUGGUGGACGUCGUGGCGGGCGUUAUAACGAAAGAGGCAGAAAUACACGUUUCGGCCCGCCACAACGUACCGAAUAUCGCUUGAUUGUGGAGAAUUUAUCGAGUAGCGUUAGCUGGCAAGAUCUGAAGGAUUACGUACGCACAGCCGGCGAAGUAACCUACUGUGAUGCACACAAACAACGACGCAAUGAGGGAGUUGUAGAGUUCGCCACAUCAUCCGAUAUGCGGCGCGCCAUAGAUAAGUUAGAUGAUACCGAGCUAAAUGGUCGUCGUAUACGUUUAAUUGAGGAUCGUCGCAGCGGACGUGGCGGUGGUGGUGGUCGCGGCAGAUCACGUUCAAAUUCACGCUCUGUGUCACGUCGUCGUUCACGCUCCAAAUCAGCACGUUCGUCACAUUCACGCAGUCGUUCUAAAUCACGUUCAAAAUCCAAAUCGCCAGUUAAAUCGCGUUCCCGUUCCCGUUCACGUGGAAAGAAGUCUCGUGAGCUGAGCAAAUCGCGUUCUCGCUCGCGCUCUUCCAAACGUUCGCGCAAAGAUGUCUCCCGUGAACGUUCUAAGUCACCACGUCCAUCGCGUUCCAAACAGGAUUCGCGCUCACCAUCUAAAUCACGCGGUAAGUCCCGUGAUCGCUCCAGAUCACGCUCACCAUCCAAGUCACGUGGUGAUUCUCGCAAGCGUGAUCGUUCUCGUUCCAGAUCGCGUCACUCGUCGCGUUCACGACGUGAUUCACGCUCGCCAUCUCGUGGAUCUCGUGACGAUUCACGCGAUCGUUCCGCUUCACGUUCCCGCUCUCGCUCUGCUUCACCGAGAAAGGGUAAAGACUCACGUCACAUGGAUGAGAGUAUGGAUGAUUAAGUGAAAUAUCAACAUCUUAUUUGGUAUCAUCCAGUAAUUUAUGACUACCUAUAUAUAUUGUUUAUUUAUAACAUACAUAUAUAUAAAUAAUUUGUAACUUGAAAGUAUUUGAAUAAAGAGCAUUU